AUGGCAAACGAGCAUACGCACAGUGAAGCAUAUUCGGCCUGCCCCAAGGUCAUCUACAUCUUUGCCCGCGCCUCCACGGAGCCCGGUAACAUGGGAAUUAGCGCAGGCCCGACUGUGGCAGACGCCCUGGAGAGCCGGUAUGGCGCCGCCCAGGUCUGGGUACAAGGCGUCGGCGGCCCAUACAGCGCGGACCUGGCGUCCAACUUCCUCCCCGAGGGGACCAGCCGUGCCGCCAUCAACGAGGCCAAAAGGCUGCUCACCCUGGCCAACACAAAGUGCCCCAACUCGGCCGUCGUCGCCGGCGGAUACAGGUAG